UCUCUUAUUUAUUUAUGCAGUAGUUUUCAUGGAUUUCUGGCCAAUGUUGCAGGUAAGUCAAAGAGGUUAUCCAGGACUUCAUCAUCCCUGUUCUGUCAGAAGUAGGUCUGGAGGAUUGUGAUCUUCUGGGUCUCCUCCUCCAUCUUAGUGCUGCCACUGCCAUGGGAUACCAGAGCCCCAGCUUCCUUGGCCUUGAACUCUUUCUCCCUCUGCAGGCAGUACUGUUCAAUUUCAGCCUGAGCUACUUGGGCCUGCUUCAGCCUCUGGUCAAUUAUGGGCCUUGGACAAUUGGGUGGCCCGCUUGUUGUCCUACAAUAGCUGCUGGGCGCCUUGCGACUGACUGGCCAUGGAGUUGGUGAUUUUGAGGUCUAGGUGAACAGUCUAAAUGGGCUGGAUUGCCCCUUGGGUCAGCUGACCCAGCUGCUCAAGAUCUGUGCCUGGGCUUUGCCCUGCUGGCCGCCCUUUCCAAUCUCCUUUAAUUUUCACAGUAAUCCUAGGAAGUACGUACUAUAUGGACAAGGAAACAAGCUUAGAAUAUGUAAGUCUGAUGGUCAUUAUCUCACUCCAAACCUCAUGUUUUUAUUCUGUAUUUCUUAUACUCUACCUUGGUUGAUAACAGGAACCUGAAAAACCAUUCAAACUCUUGCAGUCUUGCACUCAUGCAAAUAUGCCAGUGAUACUUUUUGCAACUUCUUCUUAUAACCCUUACUGCUUCUUGUCUUAGUUUCCAGGGCUGUUUCUGAGCAAUAGAGGCUACAAGUACUCAUUGAACAACCAGUUCCAAGUCCUGUCAUCAAAUCCUAUGCUCCUGUUCCAAAUGGUAACAAAUGUAUAAUAUAUCUUUUACUUUUAAAAAAUGAGUGUAACUAAUAUUGCACUAAGAGUCGAAACCUGGCUUUUAGCUACAUGGCAUGUUAAAGUACCUGUAAUGUGGUUGGAAGCUUGUGUUAACUGGAUUCAAGAAGAAAAUGAAAACGUUAGUUUGAGUCAGGCGCAAAUGAAUAAACAAGUAUUUGAGCAAUGGCUCCUUACCGAUUUGAGAGAUUUGGAGCAUCCUGUUUUACCUGAUAGCAUCUUAGAAGUUCCAAAAGGAGAACUAAAUGGAUUUUUUGCUCUGCAGAUUAAUUCAUUGGUUGAUGUAAGUCAGCCUGCAUAUUCCCAGAUACAAAAGUUGAGAGGAAAGAAUAAUACAAAUGACCUAAUUACAGCUGAAACACAAGUAACUCCCAAACCUUGGGAAGCAAAGCCUUCACGAAUGUUGAUGUUACAGUUAACUGAUGGAAUUGUACAAAUGCAGGGAAUGGAGUAUCAGCCUAUUCCAGCUCUUCAUAGUCAUCUUCCUCCAGGUACAAAAAUUUUGAUUUAUGGAAACAUUUCUUUCCGUCUUGGUGUUCUCUUAUUGAAACCAGAAAAUGUGAAGGUGUUGGGAGGAGAAGUAGAUGCUCUUUUAGAAGACUAUGCACAAGAAAAAGUACUUGGAAGAUUAAUUGGGGAAACUGAUCCAAUAGUUUCAGUCAUACCAAAUAAUUCUAACCAAACCAUCCCCAGAAUUACAGAUAAUCUAGAUCUUGUGUUAGAGCCUUCUGAUGAAGAACUUUUGGCAAGUCUUGAAAAUGAUGAGCUUGCAGCAAAUAAUGACACCUCCUUGGAAAGAAGAUGUUUCAGCACAGGUAGUUCCUCAAAUACUAUUCCCAGAAGACAGUCAGGUUUGGAACCAGGACUUGUUAUUUCUCCAAACCUCAAUGAUAAAUCACCAAAUCCAUCUGUGCAUUUCACUGAUGGGGAAUUAGAUGACUUUUCAUUGGCUGAGGCCUUGCUUUUGGAAGAAGCUGUCCAGAAAGAACAAAUGGAGACUGAACAAUUGCAGCCAUUGACUUUGAACAGAAUCACAGAUGAAAGUAUGGCGAAAUCUUCAGAUAAAUCUAAUACUCCAAAUAAUUUUUCUUUGAUUUCCAAAAAUAGAAACAAUUGGAAUGAAAAAAAUUUAUCUGAACAAAUGACUAAUGAAGACAAAUCUUUUAGUUGUUUGUCCUCUAUAGACCACAACAAUAGUGUUUUUUUAGUUAAUCGUAAUGUACCCCUACCCCAUGAUUUUACAAAUAAAGGUAAGAACUCAGAGACAGAUAAUAAAGUAAAACAAACCAUCAGCAGUUCAGAUGGACAUUCCUUAAAUAAUAAAAUAUUAAAUGGAAAAAUAGUCAGUUAUGUAUCGAAAAGGAAUUCACAAAUUUCUAAUGAAAAUGAUCACCAUUUACAGAAUUGUUCUUUAAGAUCAUCAGAGAACAGCACUAAUCUUUCUAUUGCCAUGGAUUUGUAUUCUCCACCCUUUAUCUAUUUGUCUGUUCUAAUGGCCAGCAAACCAAAGGAAGUUACAACAGUGAAAGUCAAAGCAUUUAUUGUAACCUUAACUGGAAAUCUCUCAAGUUCUGGUGGCAUUUGGAGUGUAACAGCCAAGAUUUCUGAUGGUACUGCAUAUCUAGAUGUAGACUUUGUAGAUGAAAUACUUACUAGUCUGAUAGGAUUUUCAGUACCAGAAAUGAAAAGGUUAAAAAAGGAUCCUCUUCAGUAUCAAAAGUUCCUGGAAGGUUUGCAGAAAUGUCAGAGAGAGCUAAUAGAUUUGUGCUGCCUAAUGACUAUUUCGUUUAAUCCCUCCUUGUCUAAAGCAAUGGUACUGGCAUUACAAGAUGUUAAUGUGGAACACCUUGAGAACCUGAAGAAGCGAUUGAAUAAAUAAUUUACUAAAAUAGUAUUAGAAAACAAUGAGAUAUUUAGAAUUAAAUUUGUCCUUUUAUUUUUGAAACUUUUUUCAUAAAAAGGGAUAAGGAAGUUUCAUGACUAAUUUCAAUUUCAUUUAAAAUGUUUAAUCAUGUUUGUAUUUAGGUUUUUUUUAAUAAAAUUUUUUUAUAGCAACUGUUAGAAAAAGGAAUUUGGUGACCUAUUAUUGCAAAAUUUGUUUUCCAUACAUAAGAUGAUUUCUGAAGUAUUGUACUGAUGUUUACCGGGUGUGUCAUAUUGUUGAAAGUUAACGAUUAUAGAUAGAUAGUUGUACUUCUAAAUGUUGAGUACUCAAAAAGAUUUGUUUAUAUUAUAUUUAGGAAAAUGUGAAUCCAGUAAAUCAGAAUGUCAGGUUUUUAGAUGCAAAUUGUUUUGCUGAUUUUUAUUUUGCUGUUUGUAAAUGUCUGGAAUUUUAAGUGAAAUAUUAUGUUAACAAGAUACCAUUUCAGAGAGUAUAUUGAAUGGUUAAAAAACCUUGGUUUCAGACCGGCCCGAGUGGCUCAGUUGGUUGAGAGCUGGCUUGGGAUGCCUGAGGGCCCCGGUUCGGAUCCCACA